CCCCUGCGCCAGCCCCGGGCCGAGGACGGCUUUGGGGGCGAGGCUCGGCGGGUCUGAUGCGCGCAGGCUGCGGUUCCCGCGCCGCAGCGCUGCGGCUGAGAACACUUUGCCCGGAGGCGGGCGGCCGCCGGGGUGCCGAUAUGCAAAGCAGCUGGCGGCGCUGGGCGGGGCCCGGGCGCGAUGCAAAUGAGGAAGGCGGGGCCUGAGCGGGGCUCCGCCUCCCUCCCCCGCAGCUGGGGCCAGCGGUGCCAAGCGCAGCUGGACGAGCGGCAGCAGCUGGGCGAGUGACAGCCCCAGCUCCGCGCGCCGCGGCCGCAAGAGCCGGCGCAGGGGAAGCGCCCGCGCCCCGGGCGGCAGCAGCGGCCGCCUCCUCCCGCGCCUCCCGGGCCCGCAGCCCGCGGUCCCGCGGCCCCGGGGCCGGCACCUCCCGGGCUCCUGCUCCCCGCGCGCAAGAUGGCUGACCCGGCUGCGGGGCCGCCGCCGAGCGAGGGCGAGGAGAGCACCGUGCGCUUCGCCCGCAAAGGUGCCCUCCGGCAGAAGAACGUGCACGAGGUGAAGAACCACAAAUUCACUGCCCGCUUCUUCAAGCAGCCCACCUUCUGCAGCCACUGCACCGACUUCAUCUGGGGCUUCGGGAAGCAGGGAUUCCAGUGUCAAGUUUGCUGCUUUGUUGUGCACAAGCGGUGUCAUGAAUUUGUCACAUUCUCCUGCCCUGGCGCUGACAAAGGCCCAGCUUCUGAUGACCCCCGGAGCAAACACAAGUUUAAGAUCCACACAUACUCCAGCCCCACGUUUUGUGACCACUGUGGGUCACUGCUGUACGGACUCAUCCACCAGGGGAUGAAAUGUGACACCUGCAUGAUGAACGUCCACAAGCGCUGCGUGAUGAAUGUGCCCAGCCUCUGUGGCACUGACCAUACAGAGCGACGCGGCCGCAUUUACAUCCAGGCGCACAUCGACGGGGAAGUCCUCAUCGUUGUCGUUUCAUCCUUCAAGUCAUUCAGGACAGGUGUGCUGACAGCCUUCCACUUAUGUGAAGACACUUCUCGGAUGCCCCACAAUCUUAAUUCCCAGGGGAAGUUCGUUAAGGUGUUUGCCUGGUGGUGGGCUCCGCGUCAUCAUGAAGGAGCAGGCAAGCGCAGGUACUUGGACUCUAUAUUUUAA